AUGACCUUUCGCUCGUUUGCCCUUGUUGGCAGCGGCACGAUUGGUGCUCCCAUCGUCCGAGCACUGGCGUCCAGAAACGUCUCCCUCGUAGUCCUCUCCAGAUCAAUCUCGACUUUUAGUGUUCUUCAACUCGAAAGCUUGCCUGCAAAUGUGCAGAUGGAGAAAGUCGAUUUUACGGACUCGUUGGCGGUAUCGAGGGUCCUCAAGGAGCAUAGGGUCGAAGUUGUAGUGUCGACCGUGACGACUGAGGCAGUGAAUUCGCAAAGGCCACUCGCAGAUGCGGCGAAGGCAGCUGGAGCACGCUUGUUUGUUCCAUCGGAGUUCGGGUUCCCGACUGACGACCCAAAUGCGAAGGGAAUGUGGGGCUACAAAAGAGACCUGAUAGGGCAUCUUGAGCAAAUCGGCCUUCCGUAUGUGCGGAUAUUUGUUGGUCUCUUCAUAGAGUUCCUUCCCUGGGUGGUCAACUAUCCCGACACAGUCCAACUCGUCGGAGCUGGCGAUGGUUCUGUCUCCGUAACCUCCAUCGAAGACACCAGCGGGUUUCUGGCCUACAUUUUAACGACUUUGCCUCCCUCUGAGCUUGAAAACCGCACGUUCAGGCUCCAGGGCGAUCUUAUAAGCCUGAAAGCCUUUGCCGCGACCCUGGACACAAAGAUUGAAUAUGUCGACGAAAUCAAGGGAGUCGAUGGCGACCACAAGACACUUUUGCAUAAGACGAUGAGCGCAGUAGUCAAGCAAGAGCCCGCAGUCACACUUCUUGCUUCCGGCCCACUCGCUCACCUUCAUCGUCCACUGAUAAAUAUGGCCACCCCAGAAACUACACCCAAGACUGAAGAUGCGGUAGCUGCUAAACCCGACCAGCCAACAGCAGCAACAGAUUCGGAGGCACAUCCGGUUGAUACACCUUCGACCACAACUCCCACUGCGGAACCGACGACAGCCAGCAUCGGUGCUACGACCAUGACCGAAAGCAAUGCGACGCCUUCCCCAGAACCAACAGCAUCUCAGCCAGAAGCCGUCACUGAGCCUCCCAGACAACGGGAACUCGUUGUUGAUGAAAGACUCGGAGGGUUGCGUGCAAUGUUCCCCGAUUUUGACGACUCUUUAUUGCAAUCUGUGCUGGACUCGGUCAACGGAAACACAGACCGAGCAAUCGACGCGCUGUUGGGGAUGAGCGACCCUGAUUACCAGUCUGAGCAACCUCAAGCGCCUCCGCCAAUGCCGACUCAGUCCCAUGAAGAGUUGGAUGCGCAACUCGCUAGAUCUUUGGCCAUGGAAGAUGAACGAGAGCGUUCUGCUUGGCCACCGCAACACCAACAACAAGGGCGUCCGGAGCCUCCCAGGAGACCUUCUGACGGCCAAGAAAGGGACACGAUGCAGGAAAUCACGCAGCAGUUCAACAAGAUUGCGGAGAGCGGUCGGCGCACGUUUGGGACCUUUUUCAAUAAGGUCAAGGCUAAGAUUCAAGAGCUUGACCAACCAGGCGACUCAAAUGUCGGCUACGGAAACCCCAACGAGAAUCCGUAUAUGCAUCAAGUCCCAGCGCCAGGAGCGGGAGCUGGUCGACACGCGCAGCAGGCGUAUUAUCAACAACAACGUCAAGCGCAAGAACAGGCGACAAUGCCGGCUUAUUACGACCCGAAUGCAACCUCCACCGACCAUGCACCCAAUGCUGGUUACGAUACUGAGCCAGUCUCAAUGCCAGCUCCAUCGGGUGCGACUCCCACCCCGCCUUCCACCAACCCUGGAGCCCCGCCCAUCGACGCUGGUAAACUCGGAAUGUUGCCCAAACGUCCUGUCUCGCUGCUUCGAACAAAUCCGCCCCCUCCUGGCACUUCUAGCGGUGCUCCUCCCAGUAGCGACGAUGACGAGUUGGAGUACGCAGAGAAUCCGUUUGAGGACAAGGGGAGGAAGUAA